UCUCACAGGAUGGCAACGCUGCUGUCUUUAUCGCAGCGUUUCUCAUCGAAGAAAAAAUUGCUUUUGCUGAGUGGUGGCUGCUAAGUGCUUAUUCCUCGUCGUCGUUCGAUAAAAUUUAAGAAAUAGUUUUCAAUUUCAUUUCGGCAGCAUCCACGCGAGCCAUUAGUGUAAAUGAACACGUUUGUCAAAUUCGUUUGAAUCCAUUUCUUUUUCUUUAUUAAGGGUUUUUUGCGUGUCAGGUUUGAAGGCUUGCAAGAAGAUAAUUUAGUGCAAAAAGAAGACACAUAACGGAAGAAGAGACAGUGUGUCAAGAAAUUUUAAGAGUGAAAAAUCGCAUUCUACAAAAUGUCGGACCCAGACGCAUUAAACAUCGAUCAUCUCAUUGCUAUGCUUUUAGAAGUUCGCGGAGCAAGACCCGGAAAAAACGUUCAAUUGUCGGAAAAUGAAAUAAGAGGCUUGUGCUUGAAAUCUCGAGAAAUUUUUUUAUCCCAGCCGAUUUUGCUGGAAUUGGAGGCAGCACUUAAAAUAUGUGGUGACAUCCAUGGUCAAUACUAUGAUCUGCUGCGUCUAUUUGAGUAUGGCGGUUUUCCACCAGAAUCAAACUACCUCUUCUUGGGUGAUUACGUUGACAGAGGAAAGCAAUCACUAGAAACCAUUUGCUUAUUGCUUGCGUAUAAAAUCAAAUAUCCAGAAAACUUCUUUUUACUUAGAGGAAAUCACGAAUGCGCCAGUAUCAACAGAAUUUAUGGGUUCUACGAUGAAUGCAAGCGACGUUACAACAUUAAAAUGUGGAAAACUUUCACUGAUUGCUUCAACUGUUUACCGGUGGCAGCCAUUGUUGACGAGAAAAUUUUCUGCUGCCACGGAGGGCUCAGUCCUGAUCUGCAGUCGAUGGAACAAAUUCGUCGCAUCAUGAGACCAACAGAUGUCCCAGAUCAAGGACUACUCUGUGAUUUGCUUUGGUCCGACCCAGACAAGGAUACCAACGGUUAUGGCGAAAACGACCGCGGAGUCAGUUUUACUUUUGGUGUCGAUAUCGUCGGUAAAUUUUUAUCUAAGCAUGACUUUGAUUUGAUUUGCCGGGCCCAUCAAGUUGUCGAAGAUGGUUACGAGUUUUUUGCUAAACGUCAACUAGUAACACUCUUUUCUGCACCCAACUAUUGUGGCGAAUUUGAUAAUGCAGGUGCAAUGAUGUCAGUGGACGAAUCGUUGAUGUGUUCUUUCCAAAUCCUGAAACCGGCUGAUAAACGCAAAUUUCAGUACGGUGGUAUAAAUUCUGGACGACCGGUCACACCGCCGAGGGGAUACAGUAAGAAUAAAAAGAAAUAAAAUGGAAAAGCUUAAACGGUACAUACAUUAUAAAACUGCAUAACAUACACGUUGAAACAAAUUAAUCUACAUGAUGACUUAUGUAAAGUUAAUUCAAAUAAUGAACCUUUGAGAAGAAACAUACGACAUGAUUAUUUAAAAUUAAUUUAAACGAUAGAUUGCAGAAAUAAACUUCGCAUAAUGCAAAGAAGAUAACCAUUUUAAUUUCAA